AAAAAAGCUGUGCCGGAGAUAGAUUUUCUCACGCUUACCAAGGACAAUUCGCGAACAAGGCCACCAGUCAUGAAGUUUGACUGUGUUGGUGUACCGCAGUUAUUGCGUCGGACAAAGGAGGUUCCCCGUCGUAGCGGGAAAGGAUGAACUGGGCUUGUGUUUCGAGUUCUUUACGUCUAUAAUUAUUGUUUAGAUGAUGUUACUGGCCGCCGCCGACACGUAUUUGUAACCCUCAUGCCGUCAGUGGCUGCUUGAUGGCCUUGUAAAUGGAACAUUGAGCAAUAUGAAGAAUAGUUUAAUCAUUUGAAGUAUCCAACUAGUGAUUAUUGACCUAACAAACUUGUUCUCCCAUCUUGUAGGGCCGCUUCGGAUUCUUCCACAAUCAUAAACAACCCCAACUCACGAUCUUUGCGACAAGCUUGCAUCUCCUAACAACAACUCUUUUCACGCCUUGAGGACAGCGUACUGUUCGAGACAGUACCACUAUGGACAAUAACAACCGAUUUCCCCAACACUCCAGUCGACCUCAAUCCCCUUACGCUGACCCAUUCAACUCGACCGAGACUCUUAACCAAGAGCAAUAUCGCCAAAACCCCUUCCCAAGCCAGACAUACCAGAUGCAAAGCUUACCAACUCAGUACUCAACUCCAAGCCUGGCCCCUAGUCUCUACGAACCCCGUGGUGAAGACGAAGAGCAGGAAGAAGAAAAACCUCUCACUGCACCAACGGGAACGUAUCCACCACAAACGCUUGUUGACCCUGGCUCGUUCGGGGCACCCACAAGACCAGGCUCCACGGACACAUCAACGACAGACCGUGAAUGGCGCCAUCGACAAACAAUUCGUCGCGGUGUCACCAAACGCGUCAAGCUCACGAGCGGUAAUUUCAUCACCGAACACGAUGUCCCAACCCCUGUCAAAAGGGCAGUCCAAGCAAAGUGGGCUAACACCACUACAACUGAAUUCACGCAUAUGCGUUACACUGCCGCAACAUGCGACCCCGAUGAUUUUACCACUGAGAAUGGCUGGUCCCUUCGCGUUUCCAACUAUAAUCGUCCCACAGACCUCUUAAUUGCAGUGACAAGUUACAAUGAGGUGCGAAAAGUUCUAUAUGCUCGCACUCUGCACGGUGUGAUGCUCAAUAUUCGUGAUAUCUGCAAGACUAAAACCUCAAAAUAUUGGAGAAAAAGUGCUGAAGAAGGUCUCCCAGGAUGGCAGCGAAUUUGUGUGGCUCUCAUUGUCGACGGUCUGGAACCGAUGGACAAGACUGUUCUUGAUAUCUUGGCCACCGUUGGUGUAUAUCAGGAUGGGGUGAUGAAGAAAGACGUAGACGGAAAGGAAACCGUAGCACACAUCUUCGAGUAUACGACUCAACUCUCAGUCGAUGGCUCCUUAGAGUUGAUUCUCCCUCACGGCGAUGACUCUAACAACCUCGUCCCUGUUCAGAUCAUUCUCAUCAUAAAAGCCAAGAACCAAAAGAAGAUCAAUUCGCAUCGGUGGCUGUUCAACGGUAUCGGAAAGAUGCUUAAUCCAGAGAUAUGUGUUCUUCUCGACGCCGGCACAAAACCUGGUCAUAAAUCUAUCUAUUACCUCUGGGAGGCGUUUUAUAAUGAUCCAUGGCUUGGUGGUGCUUGUGGGGAGAUUCACGCUAUGAUCAAGGGCGGGAAGAAGCUGCUCAACCCACUGGUUGCUGCUCAGAAUUUCGAGUACAAGAUGUCAAAUAUCCUAGAUAAGCCCACAGAAAGCAGUUUCGGAUACGUGUCUGUCCUUCCCGGUGCUUUCUCAGCUUAUCGAUAUCGUGCUAUCCAAGGCCGCCCGUUGGAGCAGUACUUUCACGGUGAUCACUCAAUGGCGGAGAGGCUUGGAAAGAAGGGCAUUUACGGAAUGGACAUCUUUACCAAGAACAUGUUCUUGGCUGAGGAUCGUAUCUUGUGCUUCGAGCUCGUCGCUAAAGCCGGGGACAGAUGGAUCUUGAACUAUGUAAAGCCCAGCAAAGCUGAGACUGAUGUGCCCGAAUCGGCGACUGAGCUCAUUGGCCAACGCCGCCGUUGGUUGAAUGGAUCAUUCGCAGCCUCGGUUUACGCCCUCGUCCAUUUCUUCCGGUUUUACAAAUCUUCGCAUGGCCCCAUUCGAAUGUUCUUUUUCCACUUCCAGGCUCUGUACAACCUGAUAUCGCUUAUUUUCUCCUGGUUCGCACUAGCAAACUUUUACUUGACGUUUUCCAUCAUUAUCAAGCUGCUACCGGAGCAAAACCCGGCCAUUGAUAUCUUCGGCUCAGCUACGAUUACUCACUGGGUUAACUUGGCGUUGGAGUGGACCUACCUUGGCUUCCUUGCGCUUCAGUUCAUUCUUGCUCUCGGAAAUCGACCGAAAGGAGAAAAACUAACUUACAUAGCUGGUUUCGUGGUUUUUGCCCUUCUGUCGGUGUACCUCAUUGCCUGUUCGUUGUGGUUGACGGGUUUGACAUUCAAGUCCAUAUCAUUUAAGACUGCGACGAUAUCGAGCUUGCUCACCGGCCCAGCUGGAGUGUUAAUGGCGGCCUUGCUUGGGACAUUUGGUGUCUACCUGUUUUCGUCAUUGCUUUAUGGCGAUCCUUGGCACAUCCUUACAAGUAUGCCGCAGUACCUUCUAAUGGCCAUGUCAUGGACGAACAUCAUUCAGGUCUAUGCUUUCAACAACCUCCACGAUGUCAAUCCACUGCCAUCCGUCUCUACGAAGAAAGUAGAUGGGAAUGCCCCAGCGGUCGCUGAGGUUACGAAGAAGACGCGAGAGGAACUCGAUGACGCCUUCAAGGAGACUGUGGAUCGUGCUACAUCGAAGCCGAAAAAGGACGCUACUGUUGAGAAACCUACGAUGGACGAUGAGAACAAGACGUUCAGAACACGUUUCGUUGCUGCAUGGAUGUUGAGUAAUGCUGGUCUCUCUGUUACAAUUGAGAGCUUGAAUGGUCUCGGGAGCGGGAACCUCACAACGGACGAAAAAACACUGCAAAAUAAGCAGCAUAUUUACUUCAGUAUCAUCUUGUGGACGACGUUCCUUCUUUCUGCAGUUCGGUUCGUUGGGUGUUUCUACUACUUCCUCAAGCGGAACCUGUUCAGAUGGUGUCGCAGGAAUUAGUUCAGAUCAUCUUUUCCCAUGAUAUUUUCGCUUUACUUGGUUUGAACUGCGGACGAUCUCGCAAAGACAUAAUACUAAUCAAGUAGAUAAUAUUUCGGUUACGAAUACUACAUGCUUCUACUUCCAUCAACCAGUGAGGAAUGCUAUGAAG